AGCGCCAUCGAAGGUUUUUGCAUCGCAGUUUAUUAUUAUUUUUAUUUUACAAGAAAAUGCAGAGCCAGCAGCUUCUAAUAUGGGCCAUUUUGGCCUGCUGCCUUGUGGCCAUCAAAUCCACGCCCAUUAGCGACACAUCGGAAUCGUCGGAUGAAUCAACGUCGCUGGAGAAGCAGCAGGCGAAACGAGACCCCACGAUGACUGGCGGUGAGGAUUUCGAGCUGAGGUUCCCCUACGAUGACGACGACGCCCUGCUGGAUGGAGAAAAGUGGAACCGCGUUGAGAACAAUGACUGGGACGUGCUGAUUUUCACCCAGCAGUGGCCGGUGACCACAUGCUAUCACUGGCGCGAGGAUAAUCCCGAUCAGGAGUGCUCGCUGCCGCAGAAGAAGGAGUUCUGGACUAUUCACGGCAUUUGGCCAACGAAGCUGCAUCAGUUUGGGCCGAAUUUCUGCAACAACUCUGCGAGCUUCAGUCCGGAGAAGCUGGAACCCAUCUCGGAUCGCCUGGAGACCUUCUGGCCGGAUCUCAAGGGCGAGGACACACAGGAGUGGCUGUGGAAGCACGAGUGGCAGAAGCACGGCACCUGCGCCAUGCGCAUCGAAGCCCUGGACAAUGAGCUCAAGUACUUUGAGCAAGGACUGAUUUGGCGAGAGGAUUACAUUAUGUCGCGCAUCCUGGACGCCUCGGACAUACACCCGGACUCCAACAACACGGUCACAGCGAUCAACAAUGCCAUUGUGAAGGCGCUGGGGAAGAAUCCGUCGAUCCACUGCAUGUUUGAUAACAAGCACAGCAUCAGUUACCUCUCGGAGAUUCGCAUCUGCUUCAGCAAGACGCUGGAGCUGAUCGAUUGCGAUGGCGUGAAGCAGGGCGAUGCGGUAACAAUUGUCUAUCCCGGUGGCAAUAUCACCACCAAUUGCCAUAUCGGUAGCCUCGUCCACUACCCGAGUUUGGUGCCACCGCUGCAGAGGAAAAGGGAUUGGAAGUUCCCACUGGUUAAUGUCUACAAGCUGCUGCAGUUCCUCAUGUGGUUCACCUUGUAAACGGCAAAUGGGACUGGGGGCUUUGGACACAUGAUCUUACACAUUAUUGUAUAGUAUUUUCGAGGCGCGCCUUAGGAGGACUUGAUGGUUAACUCCACCCUUGUUUCUAUUCAUCCACUGAUUUGACGUACACGAUCCAGCGGCGGAGGUGAACAAUCAUAAACGUAAAUAGCUUCAAAUUUAGUGAAUUUUAUGCAAAUGGUUUCAUCAUCUAAUCACCUUAUUUCCAUUUAUCCAUUGAUCAUAUUUUGUAUGCACCUGUUUUUAAUCUAUUUUUAUGGAACGGCUUAAAACUAAUGAUAAAAAGUUCCCUUUCUUAAAAAUCUCUAUCAGCUUUCUAUUCUUCUAGUUUGUAAGCUCUUUUUUGUUGAUACUAUAUCAUCGAUUAAACAUACUGGCGGAUAUCUAAAAUAUCUUUAUAUUAAUUAGUAAGCCUUCAUUUUGUUCAAUUAAACAAAUUCCUUGAUUUUUACACUAAAAAGCUGUUUUUGAUUUGGUUUGUUACAUGAUAAAUCGAUAUUCUGUUUGAUAUAUCGGAGGUUAUCUAAAAUUAAGUUUUAAAAUAGAGCUGGAAAUAAGUCUAUUUUGAGUCAAUCAAUCUUUCUAAAAAAUUCUACAAAUAUAUACAAAAAAUCGAUUUUUUAUCUACAAAUAUAUUAAUUAUCGAUAUUAAUCGAUUUGAUUUUGAGCUCUAUUUUAAAGAUUUAAUAAUCGUUAAAAAUGAAAUUUAAUUAAAAUUUUAUAUCUUCUCUUUUAUUGAUAUUUAAAUAACAAAGAUAUUUUCAAUAUAAUCGCCGUAUGAUAUAUCGACUCCCUCUUCAACUUUUAAUAAUUAUAAUGAACUAAUUAUAUCAGUUUCCACCAUCGUGUUUAUCGUCCUAGCUACUAAGGCUCACAUUUUGUUUCAAAUUAAAAAAAAAAACAUUGAAUUGA